AUGGUGACGUCACAUAACCAAAGGGCUCUUGUUCUGGAAGCAAGAGGCCAGCCUCUCAGCCUCGCAGAUGUGCCUAUCCCGGACGUUUGCCCAGGCUCUGCAAUUGUCAAAAUACCUGUACCCCUUGAACCACCUGUGGUUCCCUGCGCCCAAACUAUCGGACGCAUACACGAACUUGGACCGGACGGUACUUCUCUUGAUAUCGGACAGUUGGUCUUCGUUGACCUUUUCACUCGCUCCCGGGAUAACCCCGACGAUGCAAUUCUACAGGGCUAUGUUGGCGGCUCUGCUGCCAGUAUGAAACUGAUGGACGCAUGGAAAGAUGGGAUGUUUGCACAGUAUGCCAGGAUGCCUCGGGAAAACAUUGCCCCUCUCAACGAGGAGCUACUAGUAACGCAGAUGGGAUACACGUUUGCAGACUUGUCCUUGCUUGGACCAGCGGCCAUCGCUAUGGGUGGGCUCUGUGAGGUCGAUGUACAGGCUGGGGACAGUGUUAUUGUUGCUCCUGCUACUGGUUUAUACGGCGGUUCUUGUGUGCAAGUCGCGUUAGCUAUGGGGGCGCGAGUCGUUGCCGCGAGCCGCAAUGACAGCCUCCUGACAAAGAUGGCAUCAACUUUCGAAUCAACGGGCCGCCUAACAGCUGUAAAGCUGACUGGCAACCUCGAGAUUGAUACUGCAGCCUUGAAAAAGGCCACCGGUUCAGUUAGGGGUGCUGAUGCGGGCUUAGGCGCCCUCAGGCCUUUUGGACGGUGCGCGCCCCUCGGUGGAGCCGAGGGAAAUGUAGAAAUUCCCUAUCUGCAUGUUAUGUGGAAUAGUAUUCGUCUUCAGGGCAGAUACAUGUUUGACAGGAAACACACCCUCCAACUCAUCAAAGUGCUCGAAAGCGGACAACUGAAACUGGGAUCAGGGGACGGGAGUGGUGUUAAGGUUCGGAGUUUUAAGAUUGAAGAGGUUGAAGAGGCUAUGGACACGGCGGAAAGAGAACUGCGGUGA